ACACUAAGUUGACUAACGACACUAUCAUGACUAUGAGUGACCUUACAUUGUACUAUUUUCCAGGAUCGUAUUAUUCUCAAAGGGCUUUGUUGGCACUGUAUGAAAAAGAUGCAAAGUUCAAGCACCAGGUGGUGUUUAUUCAUGAUGGAGACAACAUUACCCCAAGUUACAUGAGAAUGAAUCCUGCUGGUCAAGUUCCUGUGUUAGCUGAUGGAAGGAAAAUCAUUACAGAGUCAGAUGCAAUAAUUAAAUAUGUAGAUGAAAAUGUCCACACAGGGUCUACAUUGAUUCCUGAUGAGACGUCAUCAGUUGGAAAAGAGGUGACUCGCUUAUGGAAGCUUAUAAAUUCUGUAAGGGUGGAGAUAAUGACUUUUGGGGUGCUCUCUUUUCAAGAUCUAUCCACAACUGGUCUCCACCCAAUAGCAAAACCAAUGGCAAAUAUGGAUCAAGGGAAAAGAUAUGAAGGUUUGAAGAAAACACUGGCUGCACUAGCUGAGAAGUACCCUGAUUUACGAGAUGCAUACAAUACCAAGAUUGAAUUUUCCACAAACUUCCCUAAAAAUUUCCAGAAUAGAGAGCUAGUUGUUAAAGUCUUGAAUGAUGUGGAAAAAACAUUGGAUGAAAUAGAAAAUGUUCUGAAAAAAGUGAAAGAAGAACAGGGUAUCAGUGACUGUUGGUUAGUUGGGCCUCGCUUCACUGCAGCAGAUAUAGCCUUGGCCACUUUGCUGGACAGGAUCUCCUUCCUUGGGCUGGCUGCUCGGUACUUCACCCAGGAGAAACGACCUCACCUUUACCAGUACUAUCAGAGACUGGGGACCAGAAAGAGUGUCCAGCAAGUCAGAUCUCUUGUCCUAGCUACCCCUCGCAUGUUUAUCCUCCGAAAACUGAAGAAAGCAUCUCCUUUUGUAGUUGGAAUUAUUGCUGCUGGGAUAGGGGUUGCUGUGGCAUACAGUAUACUGAAACGAAAAUAAGAACAAAGAACAAGUGUUCAUAAACAUGGUCAAUUAAUACAUGUUAAACAUUAUAAAUAUAGCAAUAGCUUGAAAUGAAAUCAUAGGGCAAUCAAAAUUUAGAAAAGAUAAAGAUAGGUUUGAAUGGACUGGAAAUUACAAUACCAAACAGGUCAUUUUGCUUCAUACACAAUUAUAGUCUGUCUGGCAAUAGUAUUGAUUUUUGAUUUAUUUUUCUUUGAUUUUUAAAUUAUCAUUAAAUCAUAUAGGAUGUACUUUUUUUUACUGCAAUUUAGAUGUCUGUGAUGUUAUUUUGGCAGCAUAGAGCAUCAGAGAGUAGGCUAGCAUAUAAUCAGGAAAUUGUAUUCUUUACUUUUUUAUAUACAGUAUUUGUACGGUAUGUAAUAUGCAAUAAGGCAGUAAAUGUAUUCAUUGAACAUUACUGACGAGUACUGAACUGUAUUUGUUGGGUAUGAUGGUGGUUGUUAAUUUUGUAUCAUUUAUACGUAAUAUUACUUGUAAACCAAAGACGAACUGGAAAAUUUUCCUGAGGAAGUAAUAUUAGCUAGUCAUCUUAAGUCAUAUGUUUAUUUAUUUUGUGGUUGUAUUUAGGAUGUAUAUUUUUACUUUUACACAAGAAUACCAGCUAGUCUGAUUUAUUUUUUACAAUUUUCCUUGACAGUACAUGUACUUCAAUUUUCCUUGACAGUAUUUGUAGUUGGUUUUCAGAAUAGGUUGUCAAAAUCAUUUUGUUCAGUCUAUGUGCUUAUGCAUUGUUAUUUUCAUUACAUAAAAUAUAUUGCAUUAUA